CGUCAUCGUUGAGCUCAUGAAUAAACAUGAACUCUACACAUGAUAGAACGACUGUCUCUUGCACUUCCUGAAACAUGACAGGCCACCGAGCUCAGAGGGAAUUAUUUAGGUUUCUCAAAGUGCUGCUGUUUAGUGUCAUAAUUUCGAUUACGCUUUUGUUCCUUGUUGCCACAGUUAGAACGUUUACAUUUGAUGUGGACGCGGGGCUUCAGCUGGGAAAAUGGGAAAAUACAACAGCCAUUUCUCUUCAUUUAAGUCCACAACAGAGAAAGAAUCUGCUGGCAAAUUUCAAAGCGGCCAUUCAGAUUUCCACUGUGUCAUUCACGGAGACUAAUGUGAACAGGAGCGCGCUGCGCGAGUUCGACGCGCUGCUUAGGAAGAUCUUCCCUAAGAUCUUCUCAUCCAGCUUGGUCCAACAUGAGAUGGUGGGAAACUACAGCCACCUGUUCACAAUACCAGGAAGCGAGGCUGAUCUGGAGCCCUACAUGCUGCUGGCACACAUUGAUGUAGUGCCGGCCGAUGAGGCGGAUGGAUGGGACGCUCCUCCUUUCUCUGCUCAAGAGCUCAAUGGCUUCAUUUAUGGACGAGGAACCAUCGACAAUAAACAGUCUGUGAUGGGGAUCCUUCAGGCGUUGGAUUACUUGCUGGAACGAGGUUAUACUCCUCGGAGAAGCUUCUUCAUUGGCUUGGGUCACGAUGAGGAGGUGAAUGGUUUACAAGGGGCAGCUAAUAUCGUGAAGCUCCUGAAGAGUCGGGGGGUGAAGCUCCAGUAUGUUUUAGAUGAAGGCCUGGCAGUACUGGAUGGGAUCAUAAGUGGCCUGGAUGGACCUGCUGCCCUAAUAGGUAUCAGUGAGAAAGGUCAGGCCACUGUAAAGCUGAGUGUAAGCAGCGCUCCAGGACAUUCAUCCAUGCCUCCCAGAGAGAGUAGCAUUGGCAUCUUGGCCUCAGCUGUCAACAGGUUGGAGGAAAAUCCGAUGCCCAGGCUGUUUGGUUAUGGUCCUGAACGUGGCACAUUUGAACACCUGGCCCAUAAGUUUGGUUUGCCUCUUAGAUUCAUCAUGUCUAAUCUGUGGCUCUUCUCUCCGCUACUUGGCAGGGUGUUGGAGAGAAAACCCGACACAAAUGCUUUUGUGAGGACCACGACGGCUGUCACUAUGUUUAACUCGGGUGUAAAGAUUAACAUAAUACCAUCAUAUGCUGAAGCUUUUGUCAAUUUCCGUAUCCACUCAGCCCAAACACUGCAGGAGGUUCUGGAGUUAGUCAAGUCAACUGUGUCAGAUGAGCGUGUAAAGGUAGAGCUAGUCGAUGGAUUCGACCCGCUGCCCAUCAGCUCCUAUGAUGAGCAGGCGUUUGGCUUCCAGAUCAUAAAGAAAACAGUGCAGAGCAUGUUUCCUCGGCUCACAGUGGCCCCUGGUGUCUGUGUUGGCAACACUGACAGCCGUCACUACAAGGAUAUCACGCAAGAUAUAUAUCGCUUUGCCCCCACAUGGUUCAAACCAGGUGAUCCUCAGAGAUUUCACGGUGUGAACGAGAGAAUCUCCAUUCAGAACUAUAAAGAGAUUGUGCUGUUCUACUUCCAGCUCAUCCAGAAUAAUGACAUCAGGAAGUUACCGCCACCUCACAGCAGCCAGCAUGAGCUGUAAAUGGUGCGAUGUUGUUUACAGUAAUGAAGACAUGACUGAACUAGUUAACUCUGGUUAAGUCUGCUUCAAAACGCAUAGUAACAUUUAUGAAACAUUGUCAGACAUGCUGCUUUGGUGUUUUGGACUAACCUUGUGAGAGAUUCAUCUCAAACAGCCUGAGCUCUACAUGGAGCUGUUCAAUCAAAUGCUCUUUCUGUAGCUAUCUUGCUAGUUUCAAUUCAUUCAGAUUUGAUGAAGGUUUUGGUUAGUGCUGUGGUACAUUUUCAAAGCUUGCAUUAUGGGCCAACAGAUUAUUAAUCAGAUAUUGUGUUAGGCUGAAGUGAUUUAUUAUGAGUGAUUAAGUCUGGCUCCAUUAAACAUUUACCUCUGGAUAUCACUUUCAUCACAAAGCUAUAGCUCAACACAAAGUUAUUGUUAUUGGUUGUGUGAAUGUUACUUUGAAUUAGUUAUUUUUGGCACUGAUAUGGUCUGUGUUGAGACUUAAAAUUAUUGUUAAUGUUUAAUUAACUUAAUUGUUAAAUUUGAUUACUAAUUAAAUUUGAUAAUUAAUUUUUAAUUUUAAGUUUAAAUUAAUAAAUUUAUUUUAAUGCAAA